AUCGGCUGUCGGAGAGUAAAAAAGGUUCUGUUGGAAGGGCAAAAAGAGAGCUUCUGACCCUCCGACAUCACAGGUACGCCGAGCUCUGACGGGAAGAGUCAGCGGGACACCGCUCUCUCCCCGCGGCCGAUCAAACCCUGGGGUUUCGGUGACCGUUAGUUUCAAUUAAGCGCCUCUACGGAUACUACAGGCAGUCGAGCUCUCUCCACCUCUCGAUAGAGGAGAUGUGAUAGGCGCUCUCUACGGGGUAACUACCAACCUGGGCUCACAUUCAUCAAGCUAAUCAGAAGCAAAGGUCUCACGGGAGGCUCGCCGGGCGCGCACAAGGCCGUGUCGUGAGCCUGACAGACGCGCUGAGAUCCGUACCGGGGACAAGGUAGCCGUGUGCCACCGGAAAAGGGCAACGACUUGACGGACCCAUGAAGAGAGAAGCCGCUCUCUUCAUCUUCCUGAUCCGUGGAAUCACAAUCAUAUCCUCCGUGACCGCAGGAGAUGUCGGGCUGAGUGUGGAGACCAGUGUGGACGCCGUCCGCGGCGAUCCCGUCACCCUCCGCGCGUCCUACACCAAUCAGAAGCAGCUGCUGACCCUGACAUGGCACAAGGUGGAUGGGGGAGUGGGCGGUGCCCGGGCCGUGGUGUUCGCCUACAUCCCGUCCGCGGGGAGGAGGGACGCCAGUGGGCCGCUAGAGAACCGGGCUGACCUGGUGGGGAAGGCCUCGCUCAGGAUCCGGAACGUGCGGCUUGGGGAUGAGGGGCUGUACGUCAUCACAGUGAUGCUGGACGGGCCGGUACAGCAGGAGAAAUAUGUGUAUUUAAACGUCUUAGUCCCACCAACCGUUGCCGUUGGACCAGAAAACCCAUACAUUGUGGAAUGGAGCACUAACGUGACUUUGAAUUGCAUUGUGGCCAACUCUAAACCGGAAAUUACGUCACUGUACUGGAUGAAGAAUGGUGUCCCACUCACUGCACUGAAGCUCAGCUCCAAAUAUGGCGGCGGUGACUUGCACUUCCCGUCACUCAUCAUCAGAAACGUGUCAGGAGAGGAUUCUGGGACAUACACCUGCAUGGCAGAUCACGUGACCAGAUCUGGGAACGACAGUCUGUCGUUAGAAGUUCUAUACCCUGCAAAAAUUGUCCAGGUCUCAGACACGGUAAGAACACAAGAGGGUGGUAAUGUGCAACUGCAGUGCUUGGCAAAUGGAAACCCUCGACCUAGGAUCACGUGGUCACGGGGCGGGAGCGUGAUCCCAAGCGAGACACCAACUCUGCUCGAUGGACUUCUCGUCAGCCGACUUCUCGUGAGAAGUGUGAGGAAGAACAACACCGGGGACUACAUCUGUUCUGCCAGUAACGGCUUAGGAUCGAGAGCCUCCAGAACAAUAAGACUCAUCGUCGAAGAUCCUACAGUGACGUCCCCUGCCGUGAUAGCGAUCAUCGCCGGUGCCACACUCGGGGGCGUGAUUUUGAUAGCUGCUCUGUUGUGCACCCUCUUCGCCUUCAAGCGUAGGAAACGCGAUCAGGACCAAAGGGACUUCUCGUUCUACUACAAGGCUGGGAGGCAGCACUUCGAGUAUGUCGCCAAGGAGGAAAUGAGGAAAGCCGAGGAGAGUCCUUUCAAGACAAAGGCAUCAGGGGAGUUUGCCUGCAAACCAGACAGCUGUGUGGACCCAACGUCAGCCUAUGAGAGUUUCAAGGCAGUGAAGAAGAACAGGAAGGAAGCAGGUUCCCGGUACGCCCGUGCGCUGUACGACUACCAGGCGAGAGGAGAGGACGAGCUCACCCUGCAGACUGGGGACGUGUACGAGGUCAUCACCUGGGAGGGAGAGCGCUGGUGGCUCGGCUAUCAGAACGGCUCUAUCGGCAUCUUCCCUUCGGAGUACGUGGAGCUCAUUUCGGAGAAUGACGCCCGUGCUCAAGCAUCAGGAGAGGAGAAGCCCCAGCCGCCCAAGAAGGUCCCGGAUGUACCGCAGGGCAUGGCGGGAGCACAGAAGGUGCUUCCACCGCUGCCACCCAAGAAAAUUCCUCAGCGAAUCAGCCAACUGCAGCAGUACUUACAGGCAGAGGAGGUCGUGAGUCUGCCCGAGCUGAACACCUGCCACCGCACCCUGUCCAAGAAACCGCCUCUCCCUCCCGUCACGCCACAGUAACUCAGAUCUACUACAGAUGACAUGCCCGGUACAGGAUUGGAUACGGAAUAAGGUUUUAGAGAUACGUGAAUGGGACAGGAGAUGUGAACAGCAAACGACACAUUCUGGCGGUAGUGUGCGGUGAAUUAUGGAUCGAACUGGUUAAUGAGAUUUCUUGACAUUUAGAUCGAAUCGUGCAAGAAACCACAGAAAUUACGCCGGUGUUGUUUCCAUGAAAAAAGUAUGUCCGUCCCUACCGACAUGAACUUAAAAACACUAAACUGAGAGAGAUGUUGUGGUGCCUCCUUACUUAGAUCAACAGGGCUGAUAUCCAGUGAGAGAUGUGUCAGCCAACGGCUUCACUACUGAUAAGCUCACAGCUCGGCACAACAGAAGAGACAAAAACGGUUAACAUUUACAAAUUGACUCAAAGUGAGCCAAGAUCUUAUAGUUUGCUUCGCUUAUUCAGAGAACUUCCGAUCUAUGUUUCACCACAUGCACAAGUGCUUUCAGAAACAUAAAUUGUUUUAUCAAUCACAGCAAAGACCUGCCAACUGCCAUAUAAAUCACAGCAAAUGUACUUGUCGACUGCCAUAAUGAUUACAAUACAGCAAGCUAACGGUUGAUUCUACCAGAUUGUGAUGUCAGAUUUUAAUAAGAAAUACAUCUAUAACCAGGGGGCGCCUUGGGAAGAAUUAUGGAAGUGGGGAGUCACAUUGUAUAAAAGGAGGUCUACACCAGCUAAGAAGAAUGAAUUUCCGACAGACAUUUUACAGAGCGGAUCCCACUCCCAAGACACUUCCUGGUCCGUCCCUAAGAACCAUCCCAUAGCCUGCUUCAAUGGAGAUCACGGUUCAUAAUAUCUAUCCAUACACAGCGAGAUGCAGUGUAGGUAAUACAAAUGUACAUGUAUGACAAUGGUGAAGGGUUGUGAUUUAUGAACAGUUCAGACAUUCAUACAUUUCCAAACGUGUUUUGCUUACGUCUCACAAUGCACUUCGCCUCGCAUGCACACAGAACCAUGAACUUCCUUAUUGCAAGCUAGCCUGGUAAUCAUCUCUAGCAUGGUAACCAUCUCUAGCCUGGUAACCAUAUCGUCGAUUGGUACAUGGUUUUGGGGUGUUUCAGAAAUUGAAUUCUAAUAACUAUAAAUCUUUUUCUGACAGUCAAUCUUUCCAACCAGCUUUCUUGACUACUGCCGUCAAACGAGGCACGGCGGGCGGGCAACACUCCCAGCAUCGUAGAGAUACUAAGGAGCUCCCGAUGGUAUGGUUAUCGAGCUAGAACAGAUACUCGUAGUAAGCUGCAAAUUAAGCAUAAGAACAUUUAUUCCCAUCAAAACUAUUCAGAAACUGUACUUCUAGCUAAAUCAGCUAGGAGGCGCGUCACGCCCGGGCCACAAUAAUCAACCAGAGGAGUAACUUAGUGACGUCAGUAUAGUAAUAUAGUUCUGACAAUGCUUCAAAGCAAGUACCUUUUGUACAUGAAGUUAGCGGCUGUUUAUCGUGUAUUGUGUACAGAUUUAGUAACGUUAUCCCUAAUGAUGUAGUGUACGAUUUUGUGGUUGUACCGACUUUCUUGCCGAUAUAUUUUCUGCGUAAAUAAA